AUGGCCGUCGGAAAGAACAAGCGCCUCACCAAGGGCGGCAAAAAGGGUGGCAAGAAGAAGGCCGGCGACCCCUUCCUUCGAAAGGAAUGGUACGACAUCAAGGCUCCCAGCAUGUUCUCCGUGCGUCAGUGCGGCAAGACCCUGGUCAGCCGAACCCAGGGAACGAAGAUCGCCACCGAGGAGCUGAAGGGCCGCGUCCUGGAGGUGAACCUCGCAGACCUGAACAACGACGAGGAUCAGGCUUCCAAGAAGAUCCGCCUCUGCAUUGAGGAGGUGCAGGGACGUAGCUGCCUUACCGACUUCCAUGGAAUGACUCUGACCAGGGACAAGAUUUGCUCUCUGAUCAAGAAGUGGCAGACGCUCAUCGAAGCACAUGUGGAUGUGAAGACCACGGACAACUACGUGGUUCGCAUGUUCUGCAUUGCCUUCACCAAGCGCCGUCAGGAUCAGGUGAAGGCCAACUGCUAUGCCCAGUCUGCGCAGAUCCGCAAGAUCCGCAAGAAGAUGACCGAGAUCAUGACGCAGGAGGCCAGCAAGGCAGGGGCCUCGGAUCCGCUCCGGUCCGGCAUCCCCGGGCUCUUUGGGCGCCCCGAGGGAACCGAUCCGAAAGCGCCGGAAGCCAAAAGAGCGCUCCAGGUGCAGCUGCGUGAGUUGGUCAAGAAGCUGAUUCCAGAGUCCAUCGGCAAGGAGAUCGAAAAGCAGGCCCAGGGGAUCUUCCCUCUGAAGGACUGCCUCAUCCGCAAGGUGAAGAUUCUGAAGAAGCCAAAGUUCGACAUCACCAAGCUGAUGGAGCUGCACGGGGAUGGCGGCGACGACAUGGGUGUGGAGAUGGUCCGCCCGGAAGCGGAGGAGGGCCUGGCGAAUGGAAUCACCAAGCGUAGGAUGCUCAAAGAUGCGACUGGAUGCCUUUGUGCCUUUGUUCGAGUGGACCACACGGCAACGGAUGACAGCAAAAAGAUCUUUGUUGCACUCCACUGGGCCACGGCAUGGAACUCUUCGAACAUUCUCGGCACCAUCCAAAGAGUCGUGUCCCCAGCCGUGAUGCGACUCUUGCAGAAGCCCACCUCCGAGCUCGACACGGGCUGUGUCGUUCGUGCUUCAAGGGGCAGCGCCGUCGCAGUGCGGGCGGCAGACGCCGAUGCAUGGAGGCGAGGGUUUCGAGAAGCCGAGGAGCUGGAGGAUGGAUACUACUUUCUGGACGUUGAGGGCAUUCCUGCAGAUCUUUCCGGCACCUACUUCCGGAAUGGGCCUGGCAAGUUCAAGGAAGGAGAGAGCCAGGUGGCGCACGAGCUGGAUGGUGAUGGGUUCAUUCUGGCCAUAAGCUUCAAAGAUGGUCAGGUGUGCGUCCGACAUCGUCUAGUUCAGACCCAGGGACUUCUCAGAGACAAGUUCGCCAAGCGCAUCUUUGCCAAGGGCUUCUACGGAACUCCCCCAGGCGAGGGCGGGAGUGCCUUGGAUGCCCGCAAGGGCUUUCCCAAGCACACGGCAAACGCAGGCAUGACUUUCUGGGAGGACCAGCUCCUUGCCGUCGGGACGGCGGGGAGCAAGAAGCCCUUCCAGAUCGACCCAGCCUGUUUGGGCACAGUGCUCGGGAACGAGGACGAGGGCUCCUGGAAUCUGGAUGGGGCCUUGGACAGCGAGACGGGCUUUGGCUCGUGCCCGAAAGUUUGUGGUACGGAGGGCUGUCUUAGUUUCAUCGACCAGACCCCUUCGCUGGGUUCGACGACGGUGAAAUACCUGGAGUUCGCGCCUGGCGCCUGGAGACCCCGGUAUCCCAAGCCGCGGGAGUUCUCCGUCGGCGGCUUCACGCGCUUUGCCGACUUUGCGAUUACGCCCAAGUGGCUUGUUCUGGCCAAGCCCCCGCUGAAGGCGGAUGGCCUUGGGGCGGCCUUCGGCAAGACCUUCGCGGAGGUCCUUGAGUUUGACCCCUCGGGUACUGCAGAGCUCAUCUUCGCCACUCGACUUCGCCGCGAUGAGCAAGAGGUCACGGUGCCCGUAGAUGCGCUCGUUUGCGAGGAGUUCGCCAAUGCCUUCGAGGACGGCGGGCGCGUCAUCGUCGACCUGGUGGCAGCCGAGCGAUGGGACCUGGGCAAAGUCGAUGCUGGCCCACGCUGGGAGGUCCAGGAUCCAAACCAGGUUCCCAAACGCUCCCUUGUGCGCUAUGAGGUGGAUUUGAGCACCAAGACCUUCACGAAGCGGAGUCUUUGCGAUCGGCAUCUGGGCUUUACCAGUGUCAACCCGACCUACAACGGCAAGAAGCACAGGUUUGUCUUCGCCGCCGUGGCUCACGGCGAUGUGGGUCCAUAUGGUGGGGUUGCCAAGAUCGACGUGGAGAGUGGCGAGAUGGAUGAGUGGCUGGGAGGACCUUCUGAGUUCUUUGGAGAGCCCCUGUUCGUUCCAAAGGAAGGACUCGAUGGGGAGGAGGAUGGUUACCUGAUUUCUGUGAGCUUCGAUGGCCAGGAGGACAAGAGCUCGGUACUCAUUUUCGAUGCAAAGUCCAUCUCUCAAGGGCCUGUGUGUCAGUUCCCGCUGCAGACAGCGGUACCUUAUGGGCUCAAAGCCUGCUGGGUGCCUGAUCUGGCCUACACGCCAGAGGAGAUGAAGCGGAAGACUACUUUAUUGAGGAUGUUUGUGAAGAAGUCCACCGAAUGGAAUGCCAUGGAGAUGGGCUUCUCCUCUUUCGGAGGGCAGGCGUUUCGCGCGCUGGCUAACCCCGGGCUGCGCCCCAUAUCCGAUUUUCCACUCGAGACCCAUGAAAAGCGGCUAGCCGCCGCACUUCCGCUGCUCUACGGCACUGACGAGGCGCUCGACAUCCUGGAGAAGAAGGUCAGCAGCAUGGAAGACUUUGAUGCGCGCUUCCCGGGUUUCGGGGGCUACAUGCCCUGGUUCUGCUCUCGUGGCAUCAAUGAUGCGGGAAUCUGCAAGAGCACGACGGACCCUGGAACCAGCAGGAUGAUGCCCUUGCCUGGCUGGGAGAGGAGCCUGCCAGGCCUGGACAACGGCCAGCUUGCCUUUGGCACCGCCGCGGUGGUGCAUGUCUUGGAACGCCGAGCUGCGCAGGAAGGCAGCUCUGGUCGGUUUGCCGAGAUGGCCCGGCGCUGGAACGGCCGCCUGGAGCGGAUGAAGGCGUCGGUUGUGAACCUUUUCUACGACGGAGCCGGUCUGGUGCGCAUGAUUUCUCAGCUAGACAACAUCACCGUUGACGUUGCAAGGAAUGCCUCCAAUGCUCACAACCAGAACCACAUGGUCGCUGCCCGAGCUGUGCACCAACAGUACAGCCAGUACAGCAGUGGACAAGGACUCGCACCGACUCGGGAGGUUCUUUGGGAUCCUUUCGAAGGGGAGAUGGUUGUGAUCUUCAUGGACAUCUUUGGCAAUUGGAGCAAAUACCCAAACAAUGGUGAGGAGGAGAAGAAGCUGAUGUGGAAGAUCAAGGCAGAACAUGUGGAGCCUGUUGUUUAUACAGCUACCGACAAUUCGAAGAUGGUUCUGCAGAAAGGAUUUUGGUUCUCAGCGCAUGAGCAGUGGAAGACCUUACAGCUUCCUUACAUGGACAUCCCACUGGUCAGGCACCUUUUCACGAACGGUGAGUUCGCACGCUUGGAGAAUUCAUUGCAACAGCAGCUGCCUGGCUUAAUGGCUUCGGUGAACGCGCCCCACGGAGUGCAGUGUGACAACCAUCCGUACUGCAGUGCCGUGGGCAUACAGGCGCUAGCGGAGCAGCCAAUUUUUACAGAGACAGUCCUUACACCCUAUGCUGCUUUCCCUUCGAUCUUGGUGGAUUCAGCCGCUGGACUUGCGUGGUAUAACCACAUGCUGGCCAUGCCGCGGGUGCAAACACCCAUUGGCAGCAUUGAGUCCUUCACCAACAGUGGCAAGGCAGUCGCUCCCAUGGCGACCUGGGACGCCAAAGCUACCACCGUCGUGGCCAUGCUUGGCGGAACCGGACCUCUCCUUCGCACCUACAUGCAAGAUCAUGGAGUGUAUGGCGUUUUCGAAGAUCGUGUCAAGUCCAUGUAUGGGCCGAUCUUCGAGCCGGUCAUUGCCUCCGUGAUGCCGAGUAAGGCUUCAGUCGAUGCGCAAAUUGCGCAGCUCCCAAAGCUGCCGCUGCCGACAGCUCAUCUUGCUCGACGCAAGGAUGCUCUGCCGGAGGACUUUCCGAGCUGCCGUUGCCUCGAGGACAAGCGGACUCCAGGCAGAUCAGGGAAGUUGGGUUCACAGCGCGGGGCGUGCCCUUCGUCAGAGGAUGAGGCAGUUCUCGGAAUUGGGCAGGUGCUGCAGGUUUGCGACGAGCUUGGCAUCGAGACAGCACCUGCCGAGGUUGCCGCAGGCCUGUUCAUCGUACCGAUGCAGUCCUGGUACUCCAGAGAUUUCAUCUCCAAAGCACUGCGCCAGCAGCAUGCAUCAGCUACGGACGCGGAUGCCAAGGUGACCAUCGAUCAGUGGAUCCAAUGGCCUUUUCCUUGCGGCUCUGAUGACGCCUGGAAGUUCUUCAUGAGGAUGAACGAGGCGGCUCUCCGGGCCACCCUUGUGGCGAAGACGGCCUUCGAGCGAUUCUGCGACCAGCCGGCCCAGGUGAUGACUAUGACGCACUUCCUGACCAGACCAGAACUGUCUUUUGAUUGGACAAUUCCGGGGAUUUGGGACCACAUCGGCUGUGAAGGACUGGACGAGCAGAUUCGAACGAUCGGAUCGGAUGUCCACGUCUACGGCCGUGCCUGCACCGGCCCGCAGGUUCAGGAGAUCGAUGGCCUGAGCUAUGUCCACAACUACAUAGGCUCAACCGAGAAGCACCGUCCUGGAAUGGCACCCUUUUGCAUCUUCGACCGUGGGGAGAUCCUUCCCACCACGCAGCCGUCGCAAGCCAACGGCUUCAACUUCCAGCCCAGUGCGCGCCCGCAGGAUCCUGCGCCGAGAAGGGCCUUCGGCGGAGGCUGA